AAAUCUGCAAAGGGGAUGGCAAGACACAGAAGGAUUGCUGGCACAGGGGCAUUAUGGAGCAAGAAGAUUUGGUGCAAAGGGGUUCCAUGGAAGAUGGCAUUCUUGUCAUGGAGGGUAUUUAAAAGGAAGUUGCCAGUAAAUGAUGUGUUAAGAACUAUGGGAUAUCAAACUGUGUCAAAAUGCACAUGCUGUAUAAAUCCUGGGUGUGACACAUUGCAACACAUUUUUGGAGUAGGGGAGACAACAAGGCAGGUUUGGGACUAUUUCUCUAGGUCUAUGGAUUUGAGCAUUCCAGUGAGAAGUGAGAGACACGUUUUCUAUGACUGGUGGAUGGCCAAGAUAAAGAACAGACUGCUGAAAUUUAUAGCUGCAAGACUCCCUAUGUUAAUUCUCUGGGAAUUGUGGGUGAAUUACACAAGCUGCAAAUAUGGAGGGGGGAGAUCAUCAGCUGCAAGAGUGAUCUACAAAGUGGUUAAGGAUGUAUCAGAUUGUAUACAAAGGAAAUGGCCAUUAUGGGAUCCAUUCCCUCCAAACUGGAAGUUUAUUAUGCAGAAGGCAGAAGAGUUUGGAUGUAGCAGAAUUGUGCAGAAGACUUGCUGGUGCAGGCCUAGGACUAGAGAAGUUAAAAUAAAUUGGGCAGUGGACUGGGAUGAAGGGGCCUGUGCUUUCUUCACAAGGAACUCAAGGGGCAGGUUCUGCUCUGCUGGGAUCUAUUCAAAGCAAGAAGGUGGAGACAUCAGGAUUUUGGUUAGAGAAAUGCUCCAAGACUGCUGGGCUUGGUGCAGAAGGAAAAAGAUAGCUUCUGUGUGCCUGGAAUCUGAUAGCUGGGGUGAUGGUGGGUGGGAGUUCCUUGAAGAAUGGCCUAAUGUCAGAUGCAGUAGAUGCACUGAGAGAGUUAACCGUGUUGCAGGUUGCCUCUUAAGGUGCUGUGCUGGUAACAAUUUGGUCUUCUGGAAGAAUGGUGGGCUCCCUAGGGGGUUAAGAAGAGUCUUAGCUCUUGAAGGAGUUCUCCACUUUGUGUUGGUGCCUGGUAUUGAUGGCUGUGGAUGAAGAUGUGUUGCAUUGGAAGAAUGUUAUGUUCUGGGACCUGCAAAGAUAAUGCACCAUUCUGGUUUGGACAAAGGCCUAAUGG